AUGUCCAAUGGGGAUAUCGAAGUAUUCGAGCAUGCAACCUAUCCGGCCACGACCCGAGCGACAGAUAGCGAGCAAGCAUUUUUCGUGCUAUCUCAUUCCAACCAUACUUCCCCUUAUCAUCCACCCACCAUCAUGCCCACAAUUCCAGCACCAUCCGUAGACUCCAAUCGUGAGGAGUGGCCAGAUGCAGAUUUUGAUAUUCCAGAGGGCCAGCCGCUGCAUUCAAUAACGGACAAAGACGAUGAGGAGGAGGACUGGGACCUUGAGAUGGACUUGGGCAAAACCGGCAGCGCCAGAAUACGAGCUCCUUCCGCCUCUAUUGUCUCCGAUCUCAUUCCCUCCACCAUGACCGGAGUGAUCACCAUCCGUCCACCCACAGCCUUCUAUGCAGCAUUCUGA